AUGUCUUCAUUAGUAAUAAAUCGAGAGCAUGGGCAAGCACCUCCUCUAAUACAGUCUGAGGUAGAAGACGAGCUCGUAUGGUUGAACGAAGAUACUAUCCUAAGAGAUGAUUUAGGCGUAGAGAACGACGAACUUGAAGAAGUGGAAGAAGAGGUAGUCAUUGGUCUGGACGACGGUAAUGACUUGGAUGCUGCUGCGGAAUCUAUUACAACAAUUAAUCAGACUCAACCUAGAAAAGAAACAACAAUAACAAAGCAGCAGCAGCAGCGAAAAGAAAAAAAUAAUAUUAAAUACGACGAAGAAGAGGAGGAGGACCAACCUGCCGAUGACUUGAAUAAUCAUAAUAAUAUUUUAACAUCGGCGCCUCCUGAUGAAAUUGAUAGAACUGUGUUCAAUUUAGAUGAUGACAGUGCUGAAAAGAGUGAAAUGCCGUUGCCAGAUGCUCAAGAAGACGAAAACGACAUCGACCAAGAUCAAGAUCAAGAUUUUGGUCUUGGUUCUGCACGUUGCAUUCUUGAAUAUGCUGGCACUAGAAAUCCAAUGACCAUUCGUACGCAAAUGAGAUUGAGCGAGUUUAUGAUGACUCUGAAAAAAGAUUUGGUUUUCCAUGAAGCACAUUUUCAGGAAGCCGUUCUCACAUUUAAAGAUCUCGAUGAUCCCGAUUUUAUAGUGUCUAUAUCUCAGGAAAAUUACUACGCGCAACAUCAUACACUAAAUGAUAUCCUGAAUCUACACUACAACUUCCAAAAGGCUAAAAAUCUACCUCCCAGUUUUCUUCAUAUUCUUCUAACGCUGAGAGACGGUUUCAUUUCGCAGAUACAGCGUAUUCGGUAUAGCAUCACCGAAGCUACGAGAGCGAAUAGUGCAGGUAAUCUUCCACACAAUCCGAUUGUCCUUGAUGACGAUGAGUCCGAUCCUGGAACCCCGGGCGAAAGCAGAAACGAAGAAGAAACUGAUAACGAAGAAACUCAUGAUAACGAAGAAACUCAUGAUAACGAAGAAACUCAUGAUAACGAAGAAACUCAUGAUAACGAAGAAACUCACGAAGGAGACGAUAUUAUAUACAUAAAUUCACCUACAAACGAAGGUGCCCAAUCACCUCUGACCGAACCAACGGUCAGUGCAGGUAAACCGAGUGCCGCACAUUUAACUCCCAAGAAUAAUCGAACAAAGAAUGGGUUACCGAAUAUUGAUGAUGACGAUCUCACACCAUACUCUGAUAUUGAUGAAACUGACCGAGAUCAACCUUUGUCUACUAUGGAAGAUCUAGAUGGAGAAACAGAAGUCCCAUUGGACGAUGAUGUGGAAUUAAAUGACGAUAAAUUAGGUGACGAGGAAACUAAUGACGAAAAGAAUGAUAAUUCAACUGUCACUUCCUCGCAUGUAGAAGCUGAACAAGUUCAUGACACUUUCGACGCUUCAGAACCAUUAAACGAAGAAGUAGAUAAUAAAUUCACAGAUUACUUCGCUGAUGAUAUUCCAGAAGAGAUCAACGACGAUAAUAUUGACAUAAAUCAGACCAAUGAACUUGAUGUUGCACAAAACGACGAAGAAGAUUCACAUGCAGUUACUCUAAAUAAUAAUAUAUUCCCUACAGAAGACGUAGAUGGUCUUCCAGACUUUGAAGAAUAUGCGGAUUCUCCACUACACGAUGGCAUUGGAGGUGAAGAGAACUUUGGUGCGGAAGACUGGGCAAACGAUGUAAUAACCGAUAACCUGAACCUUGAUUCUGCUGAAUCCACUGCUAAUCUCAAACGAGGCCGGGAAUCCAUAUUCACUAAUGACGAUAUUGACGAAGAAUCUGACGCUAAAAAGGCACGAAUGAAUUGA